UUUGGCUUUCAUACAUUAUUUUUCUGUUCACGGGUAACCAGAAUCUAACACUCAUUCUAAAGUGUUCAGUUUAGGGGUGCAUUGUAGAGUGUUGCUCUAACCGAAACAUCUACCAGCUGGUUGGACUAGUAGGAACACACCCGUGUGAAACGCUAGCUUGUCAACGGACUGAAGCUGCAAUAUUUACAUGUACCAAUGUGUUGACUGGCUUUUAUUUACUAUUUAUCGGACGUGGAACAUGUUUUGAGAGACAGCUUUUCCCUUGCAUACUUGACAGUAUCAUGGUCAGUCUAAGAUCAGGAUCAAUAGACCAGAGUUAAAGUGAACCGAGGAGCCGAAUUUUGUUUCCUCAUCUGAAAUUGUCAUGAGAUUAAAUUGCGACUUUAACAUGUUGCAUCUCCUGGUCCUCUUGAUCUGCGCAUGCUCAGUUAGAUCACAGGCGGUCUGUGAUGGUUGUCUCUGCAACCCACCAGACAUCGACGCAAGCACUGUAAAACCGAUCUACCUCGUCCGAAAGAUAACUGGAGAUUCUUCGAUUUCUUGGGCAUUGGAUGUUAACAUAACAUGGACAGCACCGUUGAACACAAGCCAUGAUUACGCUGUGCAGUUAACCAAACACAGUGGUGGCGAUUUACGCUGUUCUGGGAUAAAACAAAACAGGCAAUAUACCGAUUUAUCACCCCUAGAAUAUGUGUGUCCAAUCAAAUCACAGCAACACGUCACAGGAGAACUGUACACCGAAACAGAUCUAUCUUUCGGACAUAGGUAUAUAUUUGAUGUAUGCCUGUAUAACGCUACAUGGGACGCUCUCGCUAGUACUUCAAUUUGCCUCAUUGAUAUUUAUUCAGCAGAUUGCUAUGAAGAAACGCAAGACGAAGAUUUCUGCAGGAGUCAACCGAUAGUCGUAAGCGGAAAGCCUGUCAAUGCAUCGCUUACAAGAUUUACAAGGGGCGAAGAUACCGAGGGUAAUGUCACAGUUGACGCUGUUAUCAUGUGGAGUACCCCCAUACAGGUGAACGGCGCCAUCAACAAGUAUUCUAUUGAAAGUUAUGAUGUCACUAUGCCCGGCGUCCGAGACGAUCUUCAGACCGUCUUUCAAAGAGACGAUAACACGAGCAUGGUUUACGAAGCUCAAAUUCCUGGAUUAUCUCUCAAUACACAAUACAGAGUCGAGAUCACACCAUGGAGCAUACUGCCUUCUGAUGAUCUUAAAGAUGGCCAGAAAGCUGAAUUCAUAUUCACAACUCCAUCGUCAUCAGGCCUGCCUCAAACCACCACUACAACGGAUGCGAACUCGAAUCCGACAACAAUGAUUCAAACUACAAUGUCAGAUGGUGUUCCAUCGAUAACACCGGGAUUCGACGUAUUGACUAUGAGCGUUGUCUCAUCCAUAGUGAUCAUAACUGUGAUCGUUCUUCUAGUCUUGGCCAUCGUUUGUGUCCGACGGCGUAAUCGUCGCAUGAAGACUCCGUACAAGCCGAAACCACAACUCAUACCUCCUACACCUCAAAUAGUUUCAAGAGAGGAAGUUGAUCCCGUCUUCAAGGACAAAGAAGUUCGCCACGAUCAAGUCGAGGUUCGAGAGCAACUUGGCAGUGGGCAGUUUGGCGUGGUGUACAGUGGAAGACUGCUAGGACGCACGGACUCUUGGAAACAUGUCCCUGUGGCAGUGAAAAUGGUCAAAGGUCAGGCAGUUCAAAUGUCGAGCAAUUUUGUUCAUAACUCCGUCAUACCAUCAAGACCAACACAAGACCGACAACAAAGCGGACAAGAAAUUAUAUCCCUAUGAAUGGCAAAGAAUCGGUCGCUUUGACUCGAUUUUGAGUCGGGUUGGCAUCUUGACUGGGACUCGAACAACGAUGUUUUCCUGAA